UGCCUACCUGGAUACUUUACCUGGCUGAGCUCAGACCCAGCAUCUCAUUUACCUUUCCAAUACAAUCCAUAACUGAGGCUCAUUGUGUCGUGUAAACUCCAGCAGUCAAGGUGUUCCUCAGCAUUCGCCACCUCUCACACAAAGACAGGGAGCCAUGGCCGUGGCUAACUUCCAGUAUAUUACUCGGAUGAGCAGUGGCUUCAAGGUCUACGUUUUGGAAGGUCAGCCCCACCUCAGAUGCGAAGACAGGUACAGGGCCCCGGUUGUGUAUCCGGUGAAACGCAAGCGCAGCCAUGAGAGAGGUCUAACUUUGGAAGAAAGGCGAGAGCGGGCCGUAAGCAAAAGCAUUGCCAAAGUGUCCCAGAGAGCAGCACCAGCAGCGUUCAGCAGGCAACAGAGUACCGCAUCCAGCCAGAGUCCAACAUCCAGCCCCACCAGCCUUCCACCCACACCUGUGUACUACACACCCAUGCUGGACGAACCCCUGGCCCUCGUCAAGAAACCAAGAAAAGACACCGCAAAUACAGAGGAGAAGACCAAGAGCCCAGCUACUAGUCAGAUCCAGAUGCGUCCCUCUGUGAUCACCUGCGUGUCCUCAUUAAGAAACCCCUCCUGCCGCUCCGACAGCCACAGAAGCCACUCAUCAGCGGCUUCCAAAUCCAACUACGAUAACGUCCUCGAGGAGCAUUUCCAGAGGAGCCUCGGCCCGGACUACCAACAAGCUCGCGCCCAGCAGCUGUCCAUCAGUGUGUCCGUCGACGACCACUUUGCCAAGGCUCUGGGAGACAAAUGGCUGCAGAUUAAAUCCAAGUCUUCCUCCUGUUCCUCCACACCCCCCAGCAGUCCGAGUGUCACCCACUCCCCCACCUACAGCCACAGCCCAAACCAGUACCACAAAGAAUCCACCAGCAGCUCGUUGCCACCCCCCCGCCACUGGUCUGUCAAUUAAAGCAGAAAAGAUGACUGAUUCCCCUUGAAAAACUGAACUUUUUAUUUUAUUUUGUGUACAUUUCACUGCUUGUCCAAGCAACAGGAGAGUCGCUGCGAGCGUUGAGAGCGAGCGAACAGAUGUGGACGUCGGCGUGUCCAGAAACAGACACAGACAAAUGUAGCAUUAAGCGGGAAAUCUUUGGUUUGUUACAUUUCUAUCCUCUGCUUAGCAUCUGAAUAUUUGAGAUAUUGUAGAUGGUAAAAAGGUGUCAUUGAAAAGUUAGCCAAAUAAUCCCUGACAUUUCUUUGACUUUGUGGUGUUCUUGAAUUACGUUUCUACGCCACACUUUCAUUGUAUUAUAUUUAUACUCUGAUACACUUGGGUUGACUGUAGUCUGAGUGACUUGCCUAUCUGCUGUUUAAUAUUAUGUGUAUUUUCUGUACCCUAUACAGAAAUUUGAAAAAUCUUAAAAAAUAAAAAAAAGUCUCACCAAUCUUUUUUUUUUGUUCUUUUGUAAUUCAGAAAAAAGUACAUGUUGUAUUGUGUGUUCUAAGAAAUCAUUAAAAAGCAAACAUACUGGGCAUCAAGUGACAAUGAAAUGAAUAUAAUUUACAAUGCAGCUACAUUUUUUACAAAAUAAAUACAAAUUCUU